AAGUUAUCUUAUUUUUCUUUUGCAGAGUAUAUUAAAUUACAAUGGUGGUUGUGUGGUUGCCAUGAAGGGCAAGAAUUGUGUAGCUAUUGCCUGUGACCUUCGUUUUGGUGUCCAAUCUCAGACUAUCACCACUGAUUUUGAGCGAGUGUUUGAGCUGGGUCCUCAGCUUUAUAUUGGCCUUCCUGGAUUAGCUACAGACACCCAGACAGUUUAUCAAAGACUUCAGUUUCGCAUCAAGAUGUAUGAAAUGAGAGAGGGACGCCGCAUGAAGCCUCAGACCUUGAUGGCCAUGGCCCAAAAUCUGUUAUAUGAGAGAAGGUUUGGGCCAUACUUUGUGGAACCAGUUAUUGCAGGACUGCAUCCUAGCACCAAAGAACCAUACAUCUGUGCUCUUGAUUUGAUUGGUUGCCCUUGUGAACCUGCAGACUUCGUGGUGUCAGGAACUUGUUCCGAGUCUCUCUAUGGCAUGUGCGAGACCACAUGGCGCGAGGAUAUGGAACCUGAGGAUUUGUUUGAGUGCAUCAGUCAGUCACUCGUAAAUGCCUUUGAUCGUGAUGCACUCUCAGGAUGGGGAGCUGUUGUUCAUAUUAUUGAGCAUGAUAAAGUGACAACACGUUACUUGAAGUGCAGGCAGGAUUAGUUCAAGUGGAAUUGUCAUGUUCUUCCUAAUUGCAACAAAUGUAUUUUAUUAGAAUGUGACAUUAAAAUGUUGUGCAGUUCUUUAAUUUUUGACAUGCCAGCAAUUCCAGAAGUGCACGGAUUGAGAAAAACUGAAAAUCUGUAUGCUGUUUUUAUGUUGGUUUUCAAGUUUUAUAAACAUUUGAGAUUCUCCAUUUUGAUUUGAAGGAUUUCUUGAGACUAAUAAAAAGAUUUUUGUU